AUGCUGAUCACCUUCGACCGCCGCGACCACUGGGUACACCUACCUAGGCCGGGUGCCUACCCCCUCGUGGUUAGCCCGGUGGUGAUCCAGGUCCGCUUGGCCAAAGUACUCGUCGACGGUGGCAGCGCCCUCGACAUUAUCUUCGCCAGCACGUUGGAGAGCAUGGGCUACGACAUGACUUCGCUGGUCCCAUCCGAUCAGGCCUUCUACGGCACCAUCCCCGGAGCCGGGUCGACUCCGGUCGGUCGGGCCACUCUGCCGGUCACCUUCGGCACCCGCGACAACUACCGCACCGAAUACGUCAACUUCGAGGUCACCAAGUUCGAGACCUCCUACCACGCCAUUCUGGGAAGAUCCUCUCUCGUCAAGUUCAUGGUGAUCCCCAACCACACGUAUCUUCUCCUGAAGAUGCCAGCUCCAAAGGGGGUUCACCUUUCUUUUUACCAUUGCCUUUGA